UAACUAUGGCACCAUUUCUCUUGCCAUCACUCCUCCUGUUGGCCCUUCUGAGGGCCCUGCCGGGCACCCAGGCCGCGUGUCCCGUCCCUGCCACCCUGAAGCCCGCCGAGGGACCCCGAGAAUGUGCCCGCCUUUAUGACAAGAGUGACGCCUACUAUGAGAAUUGCUGUGCUGGAGCUCAGCUGAGCCUGGAGCCCGGGGUCGACCUGCCGUACCUGCCCUCCGACUGGUACCACAAAGCCUCCUCCCUGGUGGUGGGUCCCCGCUGUGAGCUCACAGUCUGGUCUCGCUCCGGCAAAGGGGGCAAGACCCGAAAGUUCUCAUCCGGAGCCUACCCUCGGCUGGCAGAGUUUCGCCUCGGAAUAUUUGGCGAUUGGAAUAACGCCAUAGGGGCUCUCUACUGCAAGUGUUACUAAGCUGGCCUGGGACCCCUCCUCACCCAUCGCAGCCCAAGCCUUGUACCCUGAUCCCAUACCCUCCUCAUUGCCACCUGUGACUGCUGACUGGCCAAAUGCCCAGGUCCUUCGCCCCCUUUUUCUGCCCCAUCGCUCACUCCUGCUGAUCAGCUGGGGACGGUCUCAGAUGCUGGCUCACCCCCUCAAUAAAGAGCUUUUGUGAAAAUAUUCAA